CCUUUAUCGGGCAAGUGACUGUCAACAGUCACUUAAAACGGCCAUCUUCUCGGCCUCCUCGUAUAUAUCCGUUAACUCCAAGCUGAUGUGUUCUGGGCGUCAGCCAAUCACAAAACACUCUUCUAUGUUGUGACUCAUGAAGCAGACGGAAUCCUUUGUUUUUAUUGGCUGGGCAGCAAGACAAACACGGCAGUGUGUGAUCGGCUUCGAGACGGGGUGCAUCUAACGUUGAGUGCUCUCCACUCAUCUCGUCUCUGCAUACUACAGAAUGUCGAUCAGCCUCACUUCAUUUUACGGUCAAAACCGCAAAGUCAUUGUACCAACCAACCCUGCUGGUAGUGAUGAUGACCAAGAGCUUGACCUAUCUGCUGAUGAUGACGCUGACCCUGACUUCGAGCCUGUGCUAUCCCAGGAUUCUUCCAGUGAAGAUGAACUCAGGCCUAGCCACCAGCUCAAGCGUCAGAAAGCUUCUUCUCAAACAAGGAACCUUGCAAUAGCUGAUGUGGAAGAUGACUCUGGAGAGGAUGGAAGCGAUCAAGAAAACACCACUUCAGCUUCAUCACCGUCAUGGGAAAAAAUGAUAUAUACCCACCUCCUCUUCCCGAGAAGCCAUACCCACAGCCUGAUCAUAUCUCUACCCCAUAUGAAUAUUUCCUGA